CUGCCCGUCGGUGCCCAGCCUGCGGAGCGUGCUCUCCUCCGAGUACUGCGGCAUCAUCCGCGCCGUCUGGGGCUGCGGGGACGGGCACGACUACGUCAUGGAUACGGAUUCGGACUGUAGCACGGUGCUGGUCGACAACGCCUUGUCUGUCAAACGGGAGUGGAACAAGAGCACGGCGCAGCGCUUGACUGACAACGGGGCGGGGGCGGACAACGCCGAGGCUGUUUCUGCUCCAAAACCCCAGCACGCUCCAGUAAGGACAACUCCUUGCCAGCAGCCCGCAAACAAAGGGACCACAUCGGCGCCACUGAACGUGGAGAACGAGCCGCUGCGGAACAGUGAUUCCUCGCACGCUGAGGGAGCCGGAGCGGCCGCUUCCCUCUCAGCAGCUGUCUCCACUGGCAUCUUCUCACCGCUUUCCCUUGUAACGCACCGUGUUCUCCUUCCUUCCCUAGGACAGUUGAGUGGGAAGCAGGUUCUGUCUGCAACGUCGGAUGAGCGGGUAAAAGACGAGUUCAGUGACCUUUCUGAGGGGGACUUCUUGAGCGAUGACGAAAGCGAGAAGAGAAACGUGCAGUCUUCAGACGACUCCUUCGAGCCUUACCCCGAAAAGAAGGUUUCUAGCAAGAAAAGCGACAGCAAGGAAGCAAAGAAGGCGGAAGAGCCCAAAAUAAGGAAGAAGCCGGGGCCUAAGCCAGGCUGGAAAAAAAAAAUCAAAUGUGAAAGGGAGGAGCUGCCCACCAUUUACAAGUGUCCUUACCAGGGAUGCACGGCUGUCUACAGAGGGGCGGACGGCAUGAAGAAACACAUCAAAGAGCACCACGAAGAGGUGCGGGAGAGGCCCUGUCCUCAUCCUGGCUGCAACAAGGUGUUCAUGAUUGACCGGUACCUGCAGCGUCACGUGAAACUCAUUCAUACAGAGGUACGUAAUUAUAUCUGCGAUGAAUGCGGGCAGACCUUUAAGCAACGCAAACACCUCUCGGUCCAUCAGAUGCGGCACUCGGGAGCAAAGCCCCUCCAGUGUGAAAUCUGCGGUUUCCAGUGCAGACAGCGAGCAUCGCUCAAGUACCACAUGACCAAACACAAAGCAGAGACGGAGCUGGAGUUUGCCUGCGACCAGUGCGGGAAGCGCUUCGAGAAGGCCCAUAACCUUAAUGUCCACAUGUCCAUGGUGCACCCUCUGACCCAGACUCAGGACAAAGCGAAGCCACUGGAGCCAGAGCCCAUUCUCCUCCUCACUACUUCAGGGACUUCGGAAGGCCAGGCUGUAAAGCCAGAAGUGACUGCGCAGCAGGAGCCCACCUGAGGGGGACAGGGACGCUUUCCCAGUCCAGCCCCGUAGAAACCGUACGGCAGAGCGGAGAUUCUUAAUCUACGUUUUAGUCUCCCAAAGAACUCAGUGGAAUUAGCUUCAGCUUGCUCAGAAAAAGCUUGUUACCAUGCUGUGAUUCUCCAUGCUCACGUCCGAUUCAGCAGUGUUGUUCUAAGAGUCUGUCUCAUCCCCGGGGAAGGGAUGCUCGGCCGCGCCCCUUCGCGGUCCCCCUUGUCCCCACGCACGCGGUUGUAGGCACCGAGUUGGCCGCAGCCGUUCCCUGCCUGCACAGAAGUGCCCUCACGUGGCUGGGGG